AUUAGAGUCGAGUGCAUUCCCUCUACCUCAUCGCUGAAACUCACUCGUCGUGCCUCUACAGCCUAGCUACUCUGCUCGAUCGGCCGGAGUCCUCGCGUCUACGGCGCAGACGAGUCAUGGCGCGGGAGGACAACUUUGAUCUGAUCAACCUGGACGGGCCGCUGAGCGUGGAGGCCAUUCUCAAGACGCUGCAGCAGCGAUUCAUGGAAGGCCACUGCUACACAUGGAUUGGACCUGUGUUACUCUGCAUUAACCCUUUUGAAGCCCCCGGACCUGCCGUGCAUGCAGUUCUGAAACACCUGUGUGAGCAGGUUUUGCAGGAAAUGGCCAACGACCAACUGCCUCAUGCUCUGAUCUUCAAAGGGGUAUGUGGCAGUGGAAAGUCGUUCACUGCCGACCGAUUGCUUCUCGAAAUGUUCCAAAACACCAAACGAACAGACUGGCUGCAAGACAUCAGGAAGUACUGGCAGGUGUCCACCGUGGUUCUGAGGGCGAUGGGCACCGCCAGCAAUGAGCAGAACAAGGAUUCCUCAAGAAUUGGUCGUGUGGUGGACUUCACCAUAGCUGAGUUGAAAAUCAUAAAGAUAAAGAUGAACUGCUUCUUCCUGGACCAGACGCGGCUGGUGAGCCCGAGUGCCCGGGAGCAGAACUACCACAUAUUCUACCAGAUGUUGGCUGGUCUCUCACCUGAGGAGAGGACCAAGUACCAGCUGAACUACCACGAUGUGCGGACCCUCCACUACCUCUCUCAGGGGAUGGAGCCAGCCGAGACUGUGCCCCAACUCCAGAGCCGCUUCGAGGCCUGGAAGGUGCCCUCAUUUCUGCUUUGCUUCUCUUCGUUCAGCCUUACUUAUGCUCCUUGUUUUUUCCCUCUCCUUUCUUUUCUUUCUCCUUUCUGCCCCCUUUGCUCCUCCCUUCUCAUUUUGUUUCCUCCAUUGUGUUACCUCCUUAUUUCUUCCUUGGUUUCUUCCCUCCACUCACCUCUCUUCUCUUCCUCCCUCCCCUCCUUCCACGCUGUGUCUCUCUCUAGCAAACAGCUGGCGUGUAUGUCUGUAGACAGUGUCUGAACUAAUAUCUCUGAGCAAUGGGAUAAUCUCCUGGCCUUUCCUCGUUCGCAUUCCUUUACAGAGCCAUGGCAACACCUAGCAACCCCCUAGUAACCCAAUAGUUCAAAUUUGGCUGGAGCGGUUCAUUUGGUCUGAGAGAUGGGAAAUAGAUACUACCUUUGGAAAGGCUGAAAAUGCUUUAUAUAAACAGCUUAUAAUUUGUCUAUACAAAAAGUAGGCCGAUAGCAGCUUUAGUGGUGGGAAGGGAAGAGAUGGAAGGGAUAAAGGAAGAAGUGUGGUGUGUUGGUGGUUGGCAGCGAGGGUCCCCCUCUCUCUUCAACUGUUGCCAAGUUCUCAGAGCCUCAGGCCACCAAACCUCGUCCUCUUUUCCUCUCCAUCUCCUCCCUCUCUUGUUCCUCUCUCCUCCCUCUCCUUUACUGCUUGUGGCUGCUGUUGGUUUUGGAGCUCCUUGCUACCCAUACACACUGUCUCACUAGUUGUACUAUCGUAGACUGACUAGUCUGGCAGUGUUCCUGGUCAUUGUGUGGCAGUGUUGUGUGUUCACCUCUCAACCCACAGUCCAGUCUGGCUCAGCUGGGGAUUCCCCUCACAGACGUUCUCAAGGUGUUGUCUGCAGUCCUGUUGCUAGGCAACACCUUGUUCUACGAGGCCAAGAACCAGGAGCUCCAGCUGCAGGGAGCGGAAGAGCUCCAGUCAGUGGCCACUCUGCUGGGGAUCCAGCCACAGUCACUCCAGAGGGGACUCACCCUCAGGACAUACCGUUCCUCUCGCGGCCCCACCGUCCAAUCACCUUGCUCUGCUGCCGCUGCAAAUGGAGCACGAGAUGCGCUGGUCAAAGCUCUAUACAUCAGGACCAUGGUGGCCGUAAUGAGACGAAUUAACACCCUCCUGAGGGGCGUGUCACAAAAGACGCAUGUGGGCGGGGCUAACGGUGGCCACACCUACUCGUCAGAGCCAGGCAUGCUCCAUGUUGUGGACAUGUUUGGUUUCGAGAACUCUGAGGUGAACUCUCUGGAGCAGCUGUGUGUGAACUGGACCGCUGAGCAGCUGCAACACCACUACAUUCAGUCUCUCUUCUCCUCCACCAUCUCAAGAUGCACAGAGGAAGGAGUCGGUCCGAUGUUUGAAACUGCACCCUACGACUGCUCCCCGUGUCUCGAACUCAUCGGUGGACAGGACUCUGGGUUGUUGGAGAUGCUGAACGAGGAGACUCUGUCCCCGAGAGUCUCAUCUGAGGACAUUAGAAUCAGGAUGAGACGGAAAUUCAAAUCCAACGACCGGUUCAUCCCCCCAGCUGGGUCCUCAUCAACAUUUGCCAUUCGUCACUACUGCGGGACCGUCAUAUACGACACUUACAGUCUCCUCAACGCUAAUGCCGAUACUCUAGCUGAUGAUAUCAUCGCAACUUUCGAUGGGAAGGUUUGCAAGUUUGGAUUCGUGGCUCACUUGUUUUCAGUUGAACUCAGCAGAGACCUCUUGCCUGAUGGUACUGCGAGAGGGCAGAUGUGUCGAAUCACUCCAGCCUACCUUCAGCAGGCCAGUAACCCUGACAACGAGGUGGCGACCACCUAUGUCCAGGACUACCAGAGCAACGUGCAGGAGAGUCUGUGUGGACUACUGCAGGCCCAGCAGCACCACGUUCUCUGCCUCUCCUCCAACGACAAACAGACCUCGGGCCACUUCGACAAAGAGGUCGUAGGUCAACAGAUUCAGAGCAUGGCCAUCUUCGAGACCGUCGACUUCAUGCAGUGUGCGUACUCAAGAAGUCAGAUGUUUGAGGUGUUCAUAGAGAGGUACAGUUUCCUGGUGUCAAGAGUGGGUUCUCCUCGCAGCACUGCCAGAGAGACCACUGAGGAGAUGAUUGGAGCGCUGGUGGGAGGGGCUUUGUCCGACUCUGACGUGGCUGACGACAGCUACUCUCUCGGGACAUCCCUCAUCUUCAUGACAGAGGACUUGUACCAGGCAAUAGAGGGUCUGCGAAGGGACAGACUCCAUACUGCAGCCGUCAGGAUCCAGGCAACGGUCCGCAUGUUCUUGUGUCGACGCCAGUGGCCACACCUUAAGUUCUCUCUCAGACAGGCCAAGUUGCAGGGCCAGGCACACACACAGCUCAUAGGAGGUGGGGAGGAGGCCAGGGUCAACGGAGGUCAAAUCACGUACAGCGUGAGGAACUAUUCUAUUGUGGGGAACUACAGGGUGGGGUUUCCCCAGUGGAGGACCAUGAGGUGCCAGUACCCCGAGAGUGGGGCCUGUCUGCUGCAGGCGGGGGAAGAGGUAUACUGUCUAGGGAGGUCCCAGAAACGUGGCUACCUGGUGGUGGAGCACGGCGGAGGCACCAUCCACAUUCCACACCACUACACCGAGCUACGGUUGACUCCACCCAAUUCCCCGCCCCCUACUGGUCGACCCCAGCCUCAUACCAGUGACCUUUAGCCCUCUUCAUCUCUGUCUCUCUCUUCUCGUCUUUCAUGUCUCGUUUUUCUCUCCGUUAUAAAUUUUCAGCAUCAAUUUCAGUUAUUUUUGUAAAUGAGGUCCACAAUAGUGUGUGGCACUAAUUGGAAUACAGACUCUAUCAUCAUUUUUCAUCUUCUACAUUACGUCAUCAUGCUAAGAUCAGAUUAUGAUUUUCGCCGAUAUGCCGAUAUUUAUACUUGUUGGAUCAGGUGACUAUCAUGUGAGUGUCAUGUGAGGCGGUGCUGGUGGGGAGUGGUGG